CCACGGCCCAACUUCGCACCAUAACAAAGGCGGGGGUGCUGGCCGCCCCUGCCAUGCUCUCCACGUGAACGCGCGCCCCUCAUAGCAGCGCGUCGUCGGGGAAGCCGCCAGCUCUCCUGAGAAUGGAGAGAUAGGACACCGUCGCGGCGCCCUGCGACACGAAGCCGUGCCGCCACCCGCGCCGCGCUGUCCCUCGGAUGGAUCGCAGCAGAGAAGCCGAGAUGGAGCUGAGGCGGGGCCCCAGCCCCACCAGGGCUGGCAGGGGCCACGAGGCGGACGGGGACAAGGCCACGUGCCACAGCUGCUGCAUCUGUGGCAAGAGCUUCCCCUUCCAGAGCUCGCUUUCGCAGCACAUGCGCAAGCACACGGGCGAGAAGCCCUACAAGUGUCCCUACUGCGACCACAGGGCUUCCCAGAAGGGCAACCUGAAGAUUCACAUCCGCAGCCACCGCACGGGGACUUUGAUUCAGGGACACGAGCCCGAGGCGGGCGAGGCCCAGCUGGGCGAGAUGCGCGUGUCCGAGGGCCUGGACGCCUGCGCCAGCCCCACGAAGAGCACGUCGGCCUGCAACAGGCUCCUGAACGGGGCGGCGGACGGCAGCAGGGUCCUGAACGGGGCGGCGGCGGACGGCAGCAGGCUCCUGCUGCGGAGCAGGAAGGGCGCGGAGGCCGCGUGCGCGCCGGAGGAGGCCAAGGCCACGGCCCAGUGCUCCUUCUGCGAGAGCCGGUUCGAGCGCAAGAAGGACCUGGAGCUGCACGUGCACCAGGCGCACAAGCCGUUCAAGUGCCGGCUGUGCAGCUACGUGACCCUGCGGGAGGAGUCGCUGCUGAGCCACAUCGAGAGGGACCACAUCACGGCGCAGGUGCCCAACGGCGGCGAGGCGUGCGCGGAGAACGGCAAGCCCGAGCUGAGCCCCGGCGAGUUCCCCUGCGAGGUGUGCGGCCAGGCCUUCAGCCAGACCUGGUUCCUGAAGGCGCACAUGAAGAAGCACAGGGGCUCCUUCGACCACGGCUGCCACAUCUGUGGCCGCAGGUUCAAGGAGCCGUGGUUCCUCAAGAACCACAUGAAGGCGCACGGCCCCAAGAUCGGGAGCAAGAACCGGCCCCGGAGCGAGCUGGACCUCAUCGCCACCAUCAACAACGUGGUCCAGGAGGAGGUGAUCGUCACCGGCCUGUCCCUCUACGAAGUCUGCACCAAGUGUGGGAACCUGUUUACAAACCUGGACAGCUUGAACGCCCAUAACGCCAUACACCGCAAGGUCGAGGCCAGCCGGACGCGGGCCCCGGCCGAGGAGGGGGCCGCGGAGGGCCCCUCGGACACCAAGCAGUUCUUCCUACAGUGCCUGAACCUGAGGCCCUCGGUGGCCGGCGACGUGACCCCCGGCGGGCAGGCUGGGAGGCGGGUGGCGGAGCUGGACCCCGUCAACAGCUACCAGGCCUGGCAGCUGGCCACCAGGGGCAAGGUGGCCGAGCCGGCUGAGUACCUCAAGUACGGGGCCUGGGACGAGGCGCUGGCCGGGGACGUGGCCUUCGACAAGGACAGGCGCGAGUACAUCCUGGUGAGCCAGGAGAAGCGCAAGCGCGAGCAGGAUGCGCCGCCCACGCAGGGCCCCCCCAGGAAGAGGGCGAGCAUGCCCGGGGACCCCAUGCUGCCCGGACACCUCGACCCCCGGCCGGCCGCGCGCCCCAGCCGCAGGGCGGCGGCCACCACCGGCCAGGGCAAGUCCUCCGAGUGUUUCGAGUGCGGCAAGAUCUUCCGCACCUACCACCAGAUGGUGCUGCACUCCCGCGUGCACCGCCGCGCGCGCCGGGACAGGGACGGCAACGGCGAAAGGCCCGCGCGCACCCGCUGCGGCUCGCUCAGCGAGGGCGACUCGGCCUCCCAGCCCAGCAGCCCCAGCUCCGCCUGUGCCACCGCCGACUCCCCAGGCUCCGAAGACAGCGGCGAGGAGGGCGCCCCAGAAGCCGCACCAGCCAUUGUGCAGAACUGGCAGCUGGCCCACAGCGUCCCUGUGGUCACCAAGCCCGGGCCAGGCACAGUGCUGUUGACCUGUGCCCCGGGCGAGACCUUCUCACCUUCCCCUGGAAACCCGGAGAGGCUAGAUGGGGGACGGCCGCGCCACUGCUGCUUUUCCGAAGAGGCGGCCUCGUCUGCGCUCUCCAACGGAGACCAGAGUCACAAGCUUGGAAAUAGCUCGUCAGAAAAAGACGCCAUCGGAGUGGGGGUCGCAGCGUCCAUGUCCGUACUUGAAAACAGUAGCAGAGAGACCUGCAAAAGACAAGAGCAACCCAGGUUUUCCAUUGACUUAAAGAUGCCAGCAUUUCACCCCAAGCAGGAGGUGCCCGGCCCCGGCGACGGUGCGGACUUCCCUUCCAGCACGGAAGGGGCGGGCCUGCAGCUCUGGGCGGAGAGCAAGGCGAGUCACCCUAAAGAAAAGCUGUCCGAUUUGCACAACAAGGAGCAUUCUGGGGGAGGCAGGAGGGCACCGGCCCCAGACCUCAUCCCGCUAGAUCUAAGCGCAAGGUCGACGCGGGAUGACCCCAGCUACAAGGAGAUGGCAUCCUCCCUGCAGGCGGCUCUGGUCAUUCACCCGUGUCCUUACUGCGACCACAAGACCUACUACCCGGAGGUUCUGUGGAUGCACAAACGCAUCUGGCACAGGGUCAGCUGCAACUCCAUGGCCCCCCCGUGGAUUCAGCCCAACGGUUACAAAAGCAUAAGAAACAACUUGGUUUUCCUUUCGCGGAGCGGACGCACGGGCCCCCCGCCUGCCCUCGGGGGCAAGGAGUGCCAGCCUCUGCUCCUUGCUCGGUUCACCCGCACUCAGGUGCCAGGGGGGGUGCCGGGGUCCAAGAGCAGCUCUUCUCCCCUGGGAGUGAGCACGAAAGCCGCUAGCAUGCCUAAGAAUAAGGAGAGCCAUUCCGGGGGCCCCUGUGCUCUGUGGGCUCCCGGCCCCGACGGGUAUCGACAGACCAAGCCCGGCCACGGCCAGGAGCAGAGCAGCGCCGCCGCGCAGCGGCCGCCUCCGAAGCCCCGGCAGGAGGCCAGCUGCAAACCGGUGCCUGCCCCUGGCAGCGGGGGCUUCAGCAGAAGUGCUACCCCCACGCCCACCGUCAUAACUCGGGCCGGUGCCCAGCCCUCGGCCAACAGCAAGCCGGCAGAGAAGUGCGGGGUGCCCCUGCUGGGGGCCGGCUUUGCCCCCGCAAAUAAGCACAGCGCCCCAGACUCUCUGAAAGCCAAAUUCAGCCCUCAGCCUCAGGGUCAGCCUCCCGCGAAAGGCGAAGGGGGCCCUCCUCUACCUCCCCGCGAGCCCCCCUUGAAGGCGGCCCAGGAGCUGAGGACACUGGCCACCUGCGCUGCCGCGGGGUCCAGAGGGGAUGCGGCCUUGCAGGCUCAGCCCGGCGUGGGCGCGGCUCCUCCCGUCCUGCACUCCAUCAAACAGGAGCCGACGGCCGAAGGACACGAGAAGCGCCUGGACAUCCUCAACAUCUUUAAGACGUACAUUCCAAAGGACUUUGCUACCCUCUACCAGGGCUGGGGCGUCGGCAGCCCUGGGCUGGAGCACAGAGGGACGCUCCGGACGCAGGCCCGGCCAGGAGACUUCGUCUGUGUCGAGUGCGGGAAGAGCUUUCACCAGCCCGGCCACCUCAGGGCCCACAUGCGGGCGCACACAGUGGUGUUUGAGUCGGACGCAGCCCGGGGUUCUGAAGUCCACACCACCUCCGCAGAUGCCCCCAAACAAGGGAGAGACCAUUCUAACACAGGUACCGUCCAGACAGUGCCUCUUGGAAAGGGACCCUAAAGGCGUGCUUCCAGCGCCCCCGGGCACCUCGCGAUGUUCCCUCAGCCUCCCGCUAGUGACCGCGAGCACCCGUGGAAGAACAGCCGGGGGACCCCCGACCAGACACCUCAAACCCUGGAGCCGCUGUGCUGGAGUGGAGACUGCAGGGAGAUGCUCUCCUUGUUGGACAUUUAAGAAUAAAUGAAGAUGCUAUACUCUAGAGUGACAUGUAGAUACUCUGUACACGUAUGUGUGCUCACCGACCAUAGUCCUGUCCUUUCUUAUGCUAAACAGUGGCACUGGCACACUGUAGGGACGCCAGGCAUCUGUCUUGUUGAAGACAAGUUUGAGACACUGGAAAAAGAUACUUGUGUGUGUUGGACAGAGUGGAGAAGGUAAGCACUGUGGCAGGAGCCUCUGCCGCGCCGGGACUCCGGAGGUGAUGUCCGAGCAGACGGCGGUGGCUCGAGGUUGAUAAAGUGUUAAUACUACUGCCUCUCCUUGUCUUAGUGGUAUUUAAAAUAGUGAAUAAAAGAGAAGAAGGAGGAGGCGUUCAGGUGCUGUGGAAAUCAGGCCUGGUGGCGUGGGAGCCGGGGGCAAGACCCCGCUACCCCCCGGCUCCGUGGCAUUACCCCGCGGGGCCGUCUGCACUUCCCGUGCUCGCUCCGUGUCCCCGCCACGUGUCCCGAGGGGUCCGGCAAAGGAAGCACGUCUGUGGGGAUGCGUGUGCUCUGCUUUGGAAAAGAGCGCUAGUUAACACUAAGAACAGCAGGCGGCUUUGUGUAUUCUCAGGACCUUUUUGUAACAGGGCUACAUUCUGCAAACUGCUCGCGAGGGAAGACGACGUGUCUUCACACAUUACUCAGCCACUGAGUCCUCCGGAUUCGGACCUGUUUUAGCGAUGGCAGAAGGAUCCCGGAGCAGAUCGGGGGGGGCCCUAGAUCACUGGGGUACUGAUGCUCUGGAAGCUUCUGUCUUCUCCCCCAUCUCUCCCCCUGCACCCCCCCAGCAAGUAGGUGUCUUUUCUCGUUGGGCCUGGUGACCUCCACAGGACGAGUAACUUCGUCCACGGAGGGUGGGGGUCCCCAGGCCUGUGGGUGGGGCGGCUUUAUAUACCUCUUCCUUAGUAACGCAGAUGCAAGUCUCUGCGGUGGGGGUUAGGCCCAUAACAGGGGA